AUGACUGCCCGGUCUGAUUAAAGGGCAGCGCACCCACCGGAUCCUUCGUCAAUGGAUAUUGUCUCCCUCUCUUGCACCGUUCAUUAUGCUACCGCUCCGGGUCCUUUCUCCGCUUCCACUCUCGCCGGGAAACACUACCCCGCCAUCAUCUCCUCCGCUGUGGGUUCAGCCUCAUCAAAUGACUCCUCUGAUGAAUCCACCACUGCCUCCGCAGGCCUCCGCCGCCCUUCCUCGGUGAAGCUCCCAAAGACCCCCACCAUACGCUCGUCUCAACUUUCUGAGAACCCGCUCAAGACAUUUCUUGAUGCCCACCACAAUCCGACCCCGACGCGGUCCUCUGUCCGCAAUUCAUCAUCUCGAGAUGUUCUGUCCGAUAAGCUCUGGCUGUCCAGCAAACUCUCCCCUCCGCCGCCGCCCCCGCCGCCGCCGCCUCUGCUACAGGAAACACUCGAUGGAGAUUGUGAAAAUGGGGUUUUGAAGAAUUCAGAAGAAAAUGAAAAGGAAGUGGAUUUUAGGGAAAAAGGUAAGAUUUUUGUGGGCAAUUUACCUCUUUGGAUUAAGAAACACGAGCUUGCUGAGUUUUUCAGGCAGUUUGGACCCAUUAAGAAUGUCAUUCUGAUAAAGGGUCAUGAUGAUAUGGAGAGGAAUAUGGGAUUCGGAUUUGUGUUGUACAGUGGACACACAGCCGAAAAGGCCGCAAUGAAAGCUGUGGAGUUUGAUGGGGUGGAGUUUCACGGGAGGGUAUUGACUGUGAAGUUGGAUAAUGGGAGCAGAAUGAAGGAGAAACAUGGGGAAAGGGAAAGGUGGGUGGAGGCCAAAGGAGGGGAUGGGAAAGAAUACAGGUCUAAGUGGCAUGAGGAAAGGGAAGGUCUGCGCAAGGAGUUCCGAAGGGUCCUGGAAUCUCAACCAGGGAACUGGCAGGCAGUUGUGCGGGCUUUCGAGGUGAUUAGGAAGCCUUCGAGAAGAGAGUUUGGUUUAAUGGUGAACUAUUAUGCCAGACGAGGAGACAUGCACCGUGCUCGGGAAACAUUUGAGAAGAUGCGGGCCCGUGGAAUAGAGCCAACUUUACAUGUAUAUACAAACCUCAUUCAUGCUUAUGCAGUAGGCAGAGAUAUGGAAGAAGCAUUGUCAUGUGUGAGAAAGAUGAAGAACGAGGGAAUUGAGAUGAGCUUGGUGACGUACAGUAUUAUUGUUGGAGGUUAUGCAAGAGUUGGGAAUGUUGAAGCUGCGGAGCAUUAUUUUAAGGAGGCGAAAGAACAACUUACUGCCCUAAAUGCAAUCAUCUAUGGGAACAUAAUUUAUGCUCAUUGCCAAGCUUGCAACUUAAAACGCGCCGAAGCAUUGGUAAGGGAGAUGGAAAAAGAGGGCAUUGAUGCUCCGAUUGAUAUAUAUCACACUAUGAUGGAUGGUUACACUAUGAUCCAAAAUGAAGAGAAAUGUCUAAUGGUUUUUGAUAGACUUAAGGAAUGUGGCUUUACUCCUUCAAUAAUCAGUUAUGGAUGUCUCAUCAAUCUUUAUACGAAGAUGGGGAAAGUUUCUAAAGCUUUGGAAGUCAGUAGAGAGAUGAAACAGUCGGGCAUAAAGCAUAACCUCAAGACAUACUCCAUGCUGAUCAAUGGAUUUAUUAAUCUCAAGGACUGGGCUAAUGCUUUUUCAAUCUUUGAAGAUGUAAUACUAGACGGCAUAAAGCCUGAUGCAAUUCUUUUCAAUAACAUCAUAAGGGCAUUUUGUGGCAUGGGGAACAUGGAACGCGCUAUUCGCACAGUUGAAGAAAUGAGAAGGGCCGGACACAGACCUAGUUCCAGGACAUUUAUGCCCAUCAUUCAUUCUUUCGCCAGGGCUGGAGAAAUGAGAAGAGCGCUCGAUGUUUUUGAUAUGAUGAGGAGGAGCGGGUGCAUUCCAACCGUGUACACGUACAAUGCUUUGAUUCUUGGCCUGGUUGAAAAGCGACAGAUGGAGAAGGCUGUGGCUAUAUUGGAUGAGAUGCUGGUUGCGGGCGUAAGUCCUAAUGAGCACACAUACACUACCAUAAUGCACGGUUAUGCGUCUGUAGGGGACACUGGAAAAGCGUUUGAGUACUUCUUUAGGGUUAAGAAGGAGGGGCUCGAGCUUGAUGUGUUUACGUACGAAGCAUUGCUCAAGGCGUGCUGUAAGUCAGGCAGGAUGCAAAGUGCUUUGGCAGUAACGAAGGAAAUGGGCGCCCGAAACAUUCCGCGGAAUACUUUCAUCUACAACAUAUUAAUCGAUGGAUGGGCACGCAGAGGCGAUGUUUGGGAGGCGGCGGAUUUGAUGCAGCAAAUGAAGGAAGAGGGCGUGCAGCCUGACAUCCAUACGUACACGUCUUUCAUCAAUGCUUGUUGCAAGGCUGGAGACAUGCUGAGGGCAACGCAGACAAUGGAAGAGAUGGAAGCUGUUGGGGUGAAGGCGAACAUCAAAACGUACACAACGCUGAUUCACGGGUGGUCGAAAGCAUCCCUCCCGGAGAAGGCACUGAAAUGCUACGAGGAGAUGAGGCAGGCGGGGGUGGAGGGGGACAGGGCGGUGUACCACUGUUUGAUGACAUCGCUGCUGUUGCGGGCGUCCAUGAACAUGUCGGUGGCUGAAGAGGAGAGCUACAUCCGGAGGGGUAUCAUGGAGGUGUGCGAGGAAAUGGUGGAGGGGGGGCUGAGCGUGGACAUGGGGACUGCGGUGCACUGGUCAAGGUGCCUGAGGAGGAUUGAGAGGGGGGGCGGCGCGAUCACGGAAGCCCUUCAGAAGACGUUCCCGCCGGACUGGAACUCUCACAAGAAUCUGAAUGCGAUUUCUGAGGAGCUGGAGCUGGAGCUGAGGGAGGAGGGCCUGCUGCAGGGUGAUCCUGCUGACCCCCGUGCUUAUCUCAGUGAUUCUGACGACGAUGGCGGGCAAUCCUGAUCAAACGAAUUACUUGCAGCAUAGGUUUUAACUAAUUAACAUGUACGUAUGUAAUGUAUGUAUGAAUGUUUUCGGCAUGCAGCAGCAGGAGGUUAGUUGUCGAUGGGUGGCUAUUUUGAUAAAGUAGUUUUCAGUUGCACUGUCACAGUGUUGUGUGAUAUAUAUAUAUAUAUAUAUGAUGUGAUUAUUAGUAUUCUACAUACAUAUAUAUGUGUGUGUGUGUGUGUGAUGUGGCUUUAUGCUUAUACUACAACGACUGCUGCUGCUGCUGCUAUUAUUAUUAUUAUUAUUAUUAUUAGUUAAACUUGCUCA